ACUAGCAGUGAAAAUCUCCAGCUGGAGCCCAGCCUCUGGGUAGGCCCAGCAUGGAGGCAGCCACAGGUCCGGAGGUGGCCUCAGGAUCCAAGCUAAAGGUGAAGGAAACCUGCUCACCCGAGGCUGAACGACCCCAAGCUCCACCUGGACAGGAGGCUGGUUGCCCCAGUCACCAGCUCCUGCCCCCCAUAGAAGAGCACCCCAAGAUCUGGCUACCUCGGGCCCUGAGGCAGACCUACAUCCGAAAGGUUGGGGACACAGUGAACCUACUAAUCCCAUUCCAGGGCAAGCCCAAACCUCAGGCCAUCUGGACACAUGAUGGAUGUGCCUUGGACACCAGUAGAGUGAGCGUGCGGAAUGGGGAGCGAGACUCCAUCCUCUUCAUCAGAGAAGCCCAACGUGCGGACUCAGGUCGAUACCAACUCCGAGUACAGCUGGGCGAGCUGGAGGCCACUACUACUGUUGACAUCCUGGUGAUCGAAAGACCAGGCCCUCCUCAGAGCAUUAAGUUGGUGGACGUUUGGGGCUUCAGUGCUACACUGGAAUGGACACCUCCCCAAGAUACAGGCAAUACAGCCCUCCUGGGAUACACGGUGCAGAAGGCUGACACAAAGUCGGGGCUGUGGUUCACGGUGCUGGAGCGUUAUCACCGCACCAGCUGCAUCGUCUCUGACCUCAUCGUUGGCAACUCCUAUGCCUUUCGUGUCUUUGCUGAAAACCAGUGUGGACUCAGUGAAACAGCCCCCAUCACUGCUGAGCUUGCCCAUAUCCAAAAAGCAGCUACUAUUUACAAGACCAAGGGGUUUCCCCAGCGAGACUUCUCUGAAGCCCCAAAGUUUACCCAGCCUCUGGCAGAUUGUACUACAGUCACUGGCUAUGAUACCCAGCUCUUCUGCUGUGUCCGUGCUUCCCCUCGGCCCAAGAUCAUCUGGAUGAAGAACAAGAUGGAUAUCCAAGGCGACCCCAAGUACAGAGCUCUAACUUACCUGGGCAUCUGCUCCCUGGAAAUCCGCAAGCCUGGUCCCUUUGAUGGAGGCAUCUAUACCUGCAAGGCAGUUAAUCCCCUGGGGGAGGCAUCUGUGGAGUGUCGAGUGGAUGUGAAAGUUCCUUAUUGAGGAUAGCUAAGAGGAGGAAUGGCACUCCGAGAAAGCAGUGCCCAG